GCUUUUGUUAAAAAUCAAUCAUCAAAAGGUGUGGCCCUAUUACCAAUUCUUUGGGCUUGGUUCAGGAACAGGUUUGGUCGAGGCAGUUAACAAGUUGGUGAGUACGAACCUCCAUCAGCUGGACCUGGCAAAACCUCUGGGCUCAGCAGAAUGGCAGGGUGCGAGGUGGGCAGGGAAUCCUUGCUCCGGCCCCGCCCCGGUCGAGGAGCCCCGUCCCUCCCCGGACAGCUUUGGCCAAUCAGCUCCGCUCCUCCUGGGCGAUCCGGCUCUGCCCCUUCCCGGUCAGUCCUGCCCCAUCGUUUGUCUCCCGGCUCUCCUUUACUCUCGCGUGGUCCCGUGCUGUCGGUGUCGGGAGCGGGAAGCAUGGGCGACAGGUGGGAGCUGGGGGCCGCGGCGGGCGGUUCUCUGCUGCUGUGCGCCGCGCUGCUGGCGGCGGGUUGCGCCCUGGGCCUGCUCCUGGGCCGCGGGCGGGGGGCGGCGGACCGCUGGGCGCUGGUCUGGCUCUGCUACGACGCGCUGGUGCACUUCGUGCUGGAAGGCCCUUUUGUCUACUUGUCUUUAGUAGGAAACGUUGCAAAUUCCGAUGGCUUGAUAGCUUCUUUAUGCAUUUCCUGCAGAUCACCCUGUGCGUGUGUGAGCUGUAUGGCUGCUGGAUGACCUUCCUCCCAGAGUGGCUCACCAGGAGCCCCAACCUCAACACCAGCAACUGGCUCUACUGUUGGGUUUACCUGUCUUUUUUUAAUGGUGUGUGGGUUCUGAUCCCAGGACUGCUACUUUGGCAGUCAUGGGUAGAACUCAACAAAAUGCAUCAGAAAGAAACCAGUUCAGUGAAAAAGUUUCAGUGAAUUUUCAAAACCAUAAACACUAUGCUCUGACUUUUUGAGCCAGAAUGAAUCAAAUGUUUUUGUUUGCCCAAAAUGUAAUACAUUCCAGUCUACGCUUUCUUUUUGUAUUUUUGCUCCUGAACAACCUGUUUCAAAUUGGUUUUAAGGCGACCCGUUUUCAUUGUGGUGGUGGUGUCCAAUUAAAUGGGGAGAUGGGGAAAAGAGAACAAGUCAAACUUACAAUAAUAACACACUUAAUUAUACAUUUUAUGUCUGGCAUUAAUUGUUCCACAAUAGUAAAACCAAUUGUCUUAGAAUACUCUAGUGUUACAUUAAUUUUUUAUUCCAAAGGACAUGCUCUUCCCUCAUCUUUUAAUCCUCUCACUAGCCUUUUUUGGUUACCAGUGUGAAACCAGAAAUGAAUUGAAAGAUUCUGUUUUUAUAUUUA